CGGAAGCGACUGCUGGAGGUGUGUGGCGGUCGCGACAACCGAACCUGCGACUGGACUCUCCGGCGAGGCGGUUGAGCCAUGGCGGGCACGGCGCUCAAGCGGCUCAUGGCGGAGUACAAACAGUUGACCUUGAAUCCACCAGAGGGAAUAGUAGCUGGACCGAUGAAUGAAGAGAAUUUCUUUGAAUGGGAAGCUUUGAUAAUGGGUCCAGAAGACACCUGCUUUGAGUAUGGUGUUUUCCCUGCUAUUCUGAGUUUUCCUCUUGACUAUCCUUUAAGUCCUCCAAAGAUGAGGUUCACGUGUGAGAUGUUUCACCCAAACAUUUAUCCAGAUGGCAGAGUUUGCAUCUCUAUUCUUCAUGCACCUGGGGAUGAUCCCAUGGGCUAUGAAAGCAGUGCAGAACGAUGGAGCCCUGUACAGAGCGUAGAGAAGAUCCUCUUGUCAGUGGUCAGCAUGCUGGCAGAACCAAAUGAUGAGAGUGGAGCCAAUGUGGAUGCCUCUAAAAUGUGGCGGGAAGACAGAGAGCAGUUCUACAAAAUAGCCAAGCAAAUUGUUCAGAAGUCACUUGGGCUUUAAAGAAAGAAGAAAACUGAGACAAUUGACAAUCGUAGCAUUUUGAACUCUUCUCAAAAGGGAUAGAUGGCAGUACUGCAUGUUGGUACCAAAAACAAAUCUUGCAAAAUUGUCAACUGAAUUUCUUAAGUCGCCCCUAUCCUCUUCCCCUUAUUUUUUUCUUUGCAAAAGAAAUAGCUGUGUAACAGUACAAUCUUAUGCAGAUUUACUUUAGUUUAAGUCUACUGAAAUCAGUGGGUUUAGAUUGGAAGAACUCUACAUAGGGUUGCAUGCUAUGUAAGCAGAUGGCUUACAAAUGGAUUUAUUUGUAUGGCAAAAAUUAUGUAGUGUCAUGUUGUACUAGGUAAAGCUUGGGAACCUGACAAAGUUCGUGUAUCUCUAGUUACAUUAUCUUCCUGUUCUUAUUUUAGUGCAGAUUAUAAUGCAAUACAAUUCACUUUCUGGUAGUGGGACUGAAAACAUCUGUGAAAGUAGAAGUUCACAGAGCAGUAGAAAAAUGCAUUUUAAAUACUACUAAAAUCAAUUUUCUGGAAACAGCUGCUCCUUAAGAGGAUAUCUUUCUUACAUAAUUUCACAUAAAUUAAGAGAAAAUGAGUACUUACUGUCUCCUUGAGGAAGUUAAUUAAGAAUGCAGUAGGGCUGUUAGGCAAGAUUAUUUUCUGACCAACUGAAUGAUAGUGUCUAAUGAAAGUGAACUGUGGCAGAAAUGAUCAGUAUAAUUGGUAACAUGCUUCCAGAUGUAGGAUUUUAUCUACCUAUGGGAUAUCCCUUUAUGUGGCUGCUUCAAGCAUGCUCAGGUUUGUGUAGAAAAACUUGCUGAACUUGUUAUGAUUUCUGUAGGCUUGAUGUGAGUAAUUAUCAUUCCUAAAAAGUCUUGAUGCCUGAGACUGGCUCCCCAUCUGAAUAGAUGCCGGAAAUAACCAGCUGCCCGUCUGGCUGUAUUGCAGAACAGCGAUCUUUCCCAAGUUGUUGUUGAAUUCUGUUCAUCCCUAAUAAUGUAAAGAGUCUGGAAUCUGGUGUUACUGAGAAAAAACAGAAAGUCUUGGUUUGCAUGUAUAAGUAUUGCCUAGGUUGACAGGAGUUGGUGCUUCUUAACAUAAUUUACUCUUGUAUUCUCUUCAGUAUUGGGGUGGGAGGCUGUGGCUUGCAGCCAUAGAGCAUUUCUGCAGGUGGGAGGAUUUCUGGCCAAGGAGUGUGGUUUUCCCGUCUCCCUGGUUCCAAUUUUGGGGGUAUUUUGGGCUGUAGCAGUAGUGGAGGGGGGAGAGAAAACUGCAUUCUACAAGUGGAAAUCCUUCUGCCCAUGGAAACACUGCUAGCUUUAAGCAUUUUUGUUGCUGGCAAUUAUAAGAAAAUAUGUACCACAGGAAUGAAAAGUGGUACUCUGUUCUUCUUUGUUGGCAGGGCAGAUACUUAAACAUAAGGAGCCAGCCCUCAACAUAAAUUUCAUGGCCAGGUUCUUAUGAAGUAAUUAACACCUGUGUGUUGUCAAAGGACACGUUUCUACAUAACAUUAGGGUGCCAAGUAAAGUUACCUUGCAAGAAAUACCGAGAAUGUAGACUUGGAUUGGGGUUACUUUUUACGCUGUUUAUACUUGAAUCAGAGUUUCAGAUUUAGAAAAAUAACUUUGAAGAGAUUUUAGAUCAGUAAAAAUGUUUUGUUACAGUAUCUUGUUGACCUGAGCUCACAUAAAUACACAGUGUUGAAUAUCAGUUGGCCAUAUCCUACCAGUGAGUUGAACUAUGGGGUGAAGUGGAGUGCUGGGCCAGUUAAAAUUGUUUCAAAUGACAUCUACAAAUGUUGAUUUUCCUCUGCAAAUGGUAGAUGUUUGUUCAUUUUAAAAGAUUGAGUGUUGCUUGAAGAACACAACAUGACAGCAUUCAAAAAGGGGGAAAAUCUGUGGGAAAACUGUCCUGCUCUAGUUAAGCAUUUAUGAUAUUUUUUAAAACCACAGAUUUCUUCAAUAAAAGGCAUAUUUUCUUUUUUUCCCCAAAGUGCACCUUUGCACCAAGUCUUGCUUUAAAUCCUAGUAGAUGUGGAAGAGAUAGUUAAGCCAAAUGAGCAAAGGGUUCUUCAGCCACCAUUGGAAGGAUGUGGGUAGCAAACAAAAUAUUUUUAUUUGAAAUAUUUAUAUGCCAGCCUUUCUAUUGAACAUCUCAGGAACUAAGGUAGUUGAUAAAACAAUAAACAUGCAAACCAGUCUAAGGACACCUUGUACCCCCACUAGCUUGAUAUUCCCCCUUUGCUCAUACUCACACUGUCCCCAAAAGUCUGUGGAUUAACUCUUUCUUACAGCUUCAUUGGAGAGCCAGGAAAGUAGGACCCCCCACACAUCUGCAAGAAGACUGUUCCAUACCCAUGGGGCAGCCAGGGAAGGGGGACUGCUCUUUGUUUUGGAUGGCAUUUGGUGAAUAUAUAUUUAAAUGCAAAGAUGAUUGUUUUGAUUAUAUAAUCAGUUACUAUAGUAACAUAUAAGCAACUCUCUAGUGUGACUUUCAAGUGUACAUGCAAUGGGAGAAGGUAAACAGAAGAUAAAUAAUGUGACUUUCACAUUACAGCAUAAGAAUAGAUACUAGGGGUGUGCAGCAAAAAAAGAUUUGGUUUUCCCACUUUGUAAUUUAUGAAACGGGAAAAAGAGGCAGAAAUAAGCAAUUUCCGAAGCGGCAAGCAGCAAAUUGCUUAUUGCCCCGCUUCAAUAUGCUCCAUAAAGAUUCAGAGCAUAUUGAAGUUUCCCUGCCCCCGCAGCUUCCUCUUCACUCGAUGCCAGGGAGAGGGGGGAAUUCAGGGAGCAGCGGUGUGGUGCAUGGAAAGGGGCAUUUGAACUCCUUGAUCCGAAGCGAUACAAAUCGCUUCGGGAAGCUUUGAUUUGGGAUUUCCGAAAUGGGCCUGGCAUGCUGGGGCCAAUUCGGAAAUCCCGAAUCUUUGCAAAUUGGGUCCGAUUUGUGUAUUUUUCCCGAAUCAAAAUCCUGAAUCGCACACCCCUAAUAGAUACACAGAUCUUUAUCUUCGUAAUGUAACGGAUAAACCAGACUUUACGAAACAGCAUACUGGAGAUUCUUCAGUAUGGAGGAAAAAUGGACACUAUGCUAUAUUCAGCUACGAUUGGUUCACACACUGACAAAGCAGUUUGUUAAUGUUUGUUAUUUAAUCUGAGAGCUGCUGACACGAUUUGAGGGGAAUGACUUGCUCUGCUCUCCAGUUAUUACUAAAUAUAGAUGAGUAUGAGGAAAAGAGUCACAUUCCUCUGAUAUAUAUAAACAUGCUCUUUUUCUUAAUUGCAAAAUUACGUUAUGUAAGGCUGUGAUACAGAUAUAGUACCACAGAUCUGCACCAUCCUUUAUUCCUUUUGACAAGGAUGGUUGUGCUGAUAGACUCCACAUCCCUUAGCCUCCAGAAAUUCAAUUUUUUUUCCUAGUAAAAGAGCAUUUCUGUAAAACUUGUUCCUUGUCUAGUGCCAGGAUUAUUUUUAACAAGUUUGACUAUUAAACAAUUUUUUAAUCUGUUGUUUCACCUUCUUUCUGUUUAGAUUGUUUGCUUUAGGCUUUGUAGUUUCAGCAGUUGAAAGGGAUAUGAACAAAUAUCUCUCCUUUGGCAGAAAGGGCUGUGUCAGGACACACACACACAGAGGCAAAUGAGAAACAUAAAUUAAUCAUGUUUCCCCCCCCUCUCAAAUGCUACUUUGAAAGAACUAACUGUUACAUUAAAGGUGUUGGAACUACAUUAAACAGUUGAAGCUUGAGGGUAGGGCAGAUCUUGUAUCCUUGCUGGCUUCUUUUGUUUGGCCCCGUUCUGACUUCAGAAUUAUCAGUGUGAUGAGAGAAAUAUGUGCACCCAACAAUCAAGUUGGCAUGGUAGCUUUAAAGUUACUACAUGUAUUGCAAUUUACACCUGUUAGCAAAUAAUUCAAUUUUGCUUGUGUAGUUCCCAUAGAAGGAAAAUGCAUUGCAAAUAGAUGAAUUGCCUGUUUCUGGAAGUUGCUUUUCAGAAAGUGAGGUGCUAAUGUCUAUAUACUUAACCUGUUGCGUUACUAGGUGCAAACAUUCUGGAGAAGAUUGGAAUGUGAAGAAGUAGAAAUAAAGUGGAUCCUCAGUGGCUAAGCCAAUACUUUCCAUUGUAUGGGAUGCAAAAAUAAGAGGGAGAAAAAGCUUAUGACUAUUAAAGUUUUAACUGACAAGGUGGAAUAAAGACAAGUAAUUCCCCUA